GACUUCAUUCCCUUCCUUUUUAUGCAACAUUAUCAUCUUUCACGUUCUUUUGUUUGCCUUUUCAGUUCUUUUUCAUCGUUAUUUCAAUUCAGUUUCCCUCUUCUUCUCUAUCAAGUAUUAUUCCCUUCUUUCUAUCUAUAAAACUGUGUUAGCUUUUGAGUUUGUCGAAAUUGUGGGGUGCUGGGAAUUUUGUUUUCUGCUUGGAUGAACAGAGAUGGCUGUGGAAUUGAUGAUGGGGUACGAUGGUGGUAAUAGUUUUGUAAGGAGAAUAGAGGAAACUGCUUUGAAUGAAGCUACAACUGCUGGGAUUCAAGGUGUUGAAGAAUUGAUAAGGUUGAUGUCCAAAAGUCAACAGCUUUACAAUCAAGAUGCUUCUUCUAAAACUUCUUCUCCGUCGGGUUCGGAGCCGGCGACGGAACUCCAAGCUAUUACAGAUAAGACUGUUAAGUCCUUCAAGAAGGUUAUUUCUUUAUUGGGGCAGCCCAGAACCGGACAUGCUCGAUUUAGACGUGCUCCUCUUAGUCAUCUCGACCAAGAGGUGAAACACCAGCAACAAGAUGCACGACAACCUCGGCAAAAGAUACCAGAGUCAGGGGAUUCUUCUCUUCAAGUAGCCAAAAAUCAGGUGUCUGCUUUUAAGCCUUUUUGUUCAAGUCUGGGUCAUAGGUUGCCUCCUCUGCCUCACAAUCACCACCAGAGUAAAAGCAGUUCUCUUUUGGUGCCAAAGACUGGUCUUUUGGAGAGAAAUGAAACGGCCAGUGCUAUCAAUUUUUCAUCUUCGCCGCCUUUGUCUGAUGGGAAUUCUUUUAUGUCUUCAUUAACAGGGGACAAUGAUAGCAUGCAUCCAUCUUUGUCUUCUGGUUUUCAAUUCACUAGUCCUUCCCAUAUCCCUUGUUCUGGUAAACCUCAUUUUUCUUCCUCUUUGAAGAGAAAGUGUAAUUCCAAGGACGAUGCUGCUCUCAAGUGUGGAUCUUCCUCUAGCCGUUGCCACUGCUCCAAAAAAAGGAAAUCAAGAGUGAAGAGAGUCAUUAGAGUUCCAGCUAUUAGCACCAAGAUGGCUGAUAUUCCUCCUGAUGAUUAUUCCUGGAGAAAGUAUGGCCAGAAACCAAUCAAAGGUUCUCCUCAUCCAAGGGGCUAUUAUAAGUGUAGCAGCGUAAGAGGCUGCCCUGCAAGGAAACAUGUAGAGCGAGCUAUGGACGACCCAAUGAUGCUGAUUGUAACCUAUGAAGGAGAUCACAAUCAUAGCCACAUCUCGGAUUCCCCAGCACCUUUGGUUCUUGAGUCAUCUUAGUCCCGUCACGAUCCAUCGGACGCACCCCCCCCCCCUUUCAAUGGUCAUCUAAAUCGAGCCAGCCCCUCAAGUAGGGUUGUUCAGAUAGUCAACUGUCCAACAAGACAAUUAGAUUGAUUAGUGGGAAUAUUAGUUGUUUAAAAGGACAAUAUAGGAUUCCCCAUUCUUGGUUUUGCCAAAAGACAAUGUUAAGUAGGACUAGUAGGGGGUGGGUUCUUUUCAUCGUUCUACUUAUUAAAGUUGUUAUACUCGAUUACCAGAAUUUUUGUUCAUUUCAUAUAUAAUAUUAUACAAAUAUGGUGGUGGAUCUUGUCGAGGAUAGUAUCACUUUAAUUUGCUCCAA